CCGUUCGGAUGUGUUUUUCGCGGUGUCCUGUCCCAAGCGGUUCGGUUUGAAGCAGACACGGAGGGCUGUUUUCCUGCAGUAUAGAAAAAUCUCCUAUUUCGGUUGUGGGAAACGGAUUCCUGGGAACUAUAACCCUGUUUUGGGGGCUUAGCGAUGCCAUGAGUCGGGUGUUCCGUCGGAAAACGACCGAGUAAGAUUGAUCCCUCGACGUCUAAUGAGGCAUAACGCCCUUUGAGUAGGUUCUUGGAGUGUGAUUCCCAGACUGAUAUGCGGAUCGGGAGCGGUGUGAUGAAGGAUUAGCGAUUCUUGGGAAAGGAAAACGUGCGAAUGACGGAGGUGGAUGUAAGAGUGAGGGGCCCAAACUGCUUAUUAGUGAAGAGUAGCCUGUCAGGUGAUGUGAAGAGUGCAAAUAAAGAAGCGAAAUUGAUGAGUUUCUAGAUGGGAUCUCGUUGAGAAACGUGAUUGCAGGUGACGCAAAGUACCCCCCGGAGUCGUGAACCGUGAAGUGUGUCGAUGCUGUGUGAAGCAUGAAUUUGAAGAGGAAGCGACAGAGUGAGAUCCGAAGAUAGAGGAGUGAUACGAGGAUAUUCAAAAAGGGAAAACUUUCAACCGUUUUGUCUCAGCAUGAAAAAGUCUAGUCGAUAAACGGAGUGCUGAUCCCAACCUGUCUGCUGAUAUUGAAAAUAACCUGCUGCUAAAAAUAACGGAAGGAGUGGAAAAGCUCGCUCGUCGAGACGCAAGCACGAUAAGUCCAAUUUGGUUGGCAUUGCUUAUCAUCGGAAACAACAAACAACUUUCACAGUAAGAAAUUGGAGCAGCCAAGCAACAAACAACUUAUCCUCUUCACAGUUGUUGCCCUCUAAGUAAACGUGCCACAAAGUCGAGUUGAUUAUUAUCGCUCCGAAUUCUAUCGAUCUAGACUGUUCCCCAGUCUCUGGGUCUCUCGAUACAGGUCGGAAUUCCGUCGAGAUUUGGCCCUCUGCAAGUGACAGGCAGUGGAAAUAAGAAUCGAAGCUGCUACGUGAGUCUGAAAAAUUCGUAAACUUUUCUACGCGUUAGGAACUUUUCGAACAACUCAACUAAAGACAAAAAGCCGGCGGAUAGCGGAAAGCAAACCCCAGAGACAGAGGAAUAAAGUGGUGCGUUUCCAAAGUUCGUUUCUUCGGAAAUUUUUGCUCCAGCAAGGUGAAAAUUGAUACUCAUUCUGAACGAAAUGGAACAGCGUGGUCGAUGAGGAGGCGUGAGUGCGAAUAUUAUUUCAAACGUGAGAACAGACUGCGGCAGCCCACCUGACAAAGUAAAACAAACACGUGCACGUAAUUGGGGAAAAGUGAUUUCGAGUUCGGAUCGUGAGGUGUCGGAAUCGGGACCUUGAGGGUAUCCCCUCCAAAAAAUAAAAGGCUGGCAGGCUGCGUGCAAACUGGAGGGGAAAUAAAGUAAUUAUUUUGAGCCGACCCGACCAUUAUUUUCACCUUGUUUCUAUUAGCUAUCGAGGGUAUAAAGUUUAGCCAAACACGUACCGCUUCCAAGUGCGUGGUGGGAGGUGCCAGAAAUUUAUCACAAGACGCAAGCUUUCGUAUUUCGAAGAACUGAUAUUGAAGUGCCGGUGAGUUUGCUUGCGUGAAACAAAUGCGUACCUGUGGGCAAACUUUUUACUGAGGAAAAACAAUUUAGCGAACUUGUGAAUAUGACAAAGGACUCAUUCCCAUGGUAGACGACGUGGUUCGCUUACCGAAAAGGACGAAGCCAACGACUACGAGGACGACGACUACCCCAAUGUCGAAUGCAUGAAACAUAAUGGAUUACCUGGGCAACUUAAAAUGGACCUCCAUAGACGAUUGAAGGUCUUCCCGGUCGUCGCCUUAACAUGGGUAUGCUUCAUUGCAAUAUGCUGUGUUAAACUGACGGAGGCGAAAAUAGGAUACUUCUGGCACAUAACGGAUUUACAUUUCGACUCGUACUACAGCACCAAAGGAGAUAUACUACGAAGUUGUUGGGCCAACGAGUUCAGCUCGUCCUCGAGCAACACCAAAAAGCCCGGCCAGUUCGGUGAUUACAUGUGCGACAGUCCAUGGAGCCUGCUGGAAUCCGCAUCACAAGCCAUGAAAUCCAAACAAGGCGAUAACGUCGAAUUUGUGCUCUGGACCGGCGAUGGCCUAUCACACGGCGCCAAGCGGCUUCACGAGGCCGCACGGAUGGAACUACUGCGGAACAUCACCGAGCUGCUGAGCCGCACCUUCCCGUCGCAGUUCGUCUUCCCGGUCGUUGGCCACGACGACGGCACCCUGAACUUUGGCCAACUCGGCGAACUGUGGCGGCACUGGUUGCCGUCGGAGGCUCUGCAGACCUUUGAGAAAGGUGGUUACUACUCAAUCGAACAGAAGCGUAGUAAUCUGCGGAUAAUAGCUUUAAACACAAACUUCAUGCGGCACGAUCCGAAGUACUCGCAGUCGCACUCGUCAGCGGUGAAGCAGCGGCCGGACGGGUCGAUUCAUUACGCCGGCGGCAUCGGUGGCUACGGGUACGACCGGGACCACCACAUAAACCUCGGCAAGCACUACCACCGGGACUACAGCGGUCCCGGCGGUAUGGCCGUGGGGAGCCCCCAUGGCUACCCAGUGUACAGUGAUAGGAGAAAUAGCGGCGGCAGCAGUAGUAUAGCGGACGGUAGUAGUGGUAGUAGCAGUAGUGGUGGUCACGCCAGUGCAUUAUCGGGAUCAAGCAGCCACGAGUCGGAGAAGCAGUGGACGUGGCUCGAGAGCGUACUCGCGCAGUCUAAGGAUAGUAAGAAAUUUGUAUAUAUUGUAGGACAUAUACCACCUGGUUCGGACGAGCGGCACAUUGGCCACAUCCCGUACGGACACACGAGUUUCACCGAGAAGAACAACCUGCGCUAUCUGCGUCUGGUGAAAAAGUACUCGGAAAUCAUUCAGGGACAGUUCUUCGGUCAUCUGCAUUCGGACUCGUUCCGGGUGGUCUACAGUGAUAGCGGAAAACCAAUUUCGUGGAUGAUGAUCGCUCCCUCGAUCACACCGCGGAAAAUGUCCGAGUCGAACAACCCGGCGAUGAGGUUGUACAAAUUUGACACCGAUACGGGACAGGUACUGGACUACACGCAGUACUAUCUCGAUCUGGAACAGGCGAAUCAGCUGGGCGAAGCGGUGUGGCAACCGGAGUACAACCUGACAACGUACUACUACGGUCUGGGAGAGGUUUCAUCGGUGGCUCUGCACAACCUGGCCGACCGAUUCACCAAUGCGGACGACACACAGUUUGCCAAGUACUACCGCGCCAACUCGGUCCGCCACUCGACGCAGACCUGCGAGGGCGUCUGCCUGCUCAAUCACUACUGUGCCAUAACGCGGCUGGAUUACCGCGAGUUCCGCAGCUGUCUGGAAACGGCCGCCAAGGCAAUGGCCUCCAAAAACGGUUCGGCCAGUGCGCGCGGAGUCGGAAUCGUUCCGCUGAUGGCCGCACUGGUGCUGCUCAUCGGUGGAUGCUGCACCAGUUGUGACUACUUGCGGAUCAUUACGAGCGCUUGUUCCAGGUUUGCGUUACUUCUGUUCACGGAGGUGUGCUUCGUGGUCGUGUUGAUGGGCGUUCGAGUGUCAUCGUUGUUGGGUUCCUCGCUUGCUGCUAGCACGCCCACAGCCCUGCUCCGAUGCCAGUGAGAUCAAAGUGGAAGUGAAUUUACGUAGCUAUCAAUUUUGAUAAUUUUAGCUUUUUUGUAAUUUUACCCCACGGGCUCUUACCGGAAUGAAGAACUGUGCAAAAAAAAGUAUCCUCAUAGUUUACAUAUUCAUUAAAUUUAUUGAUUUUUUCGAUGCUACCACAUUCGAUAUGCUGCCUCUACUGCUGCUGGAUCGUUUUAUCCCCAAUAACAAAUUACACACGAGUAGUCACCAAAGGCAGGGUUACAGUGCUGGCAAAAACGUGUUAGACGGGUCAAUAUUGUAAAAAUCUGAAUGCAAAAAGUGCGUUUUGACAAAAAUGUUAGUUUCGUGGAAUGUUACAACAAGUCAAAAAGACGAGUUCUUGCUGUCCUAUUAACAAGUUUAUUUAGUUGUAAGUUUGUUUUCGGUGUGUUGAAUUUGUUUAUCUGUAACUGUUCUCGGCAAAGAUAUUACCACUUCUGCUACGUUCUGUAUGAAUAGUAAUAUUUCCAUACUUACUGAAGUUGAGAAUGUAGGAAAAUAAAGUAGGUUCCCAAAGAAAUAAUGAAGAUUUUCCAUAAUAGUAGAGCAUUUAUAUUGGUUUUGAACCUUCUCCUUCUUCCAGUAAACGUUUAUGUCGAUUUGAAAUUUAAUUUUUCGAGCCAGUCUAGCAAAAUUGUGUGAGAAAAAAAAAGUUAAAACAACGGAAAUGGCCUCCAGGACUUGCACUAAAUUGUACAGAAAAAAAAAGAUCGAAAGGAACAAAAGCCGCAAAGCUGGCGAACAAUGGAAAGCGCUAGCAAAUUUAUGUCACCAAAUUAUUUUUUUACUCCGACCUACAGCGCGAGCCACAGUGUGGGAAACCGUCGGAUCAGUGGAAAACAAAAGCUCGACACUGGAAAAGACAGGAAGAAAAAACGGAUCCCCGGCAAACGAGACAGGGAUUACUGCGGCCUUGUUCCUAUUAGCAAUGGUUUUGCUCUCAUUCUCACGCGUGUUCGCUUGACACAAUCUGGAAGCUGCGCCGGUCGGGAUUUACGGGGAGGGGGGCUGAUGAUUGCCUUGGAAAAUGGAAAAUUUUGCCGAAUGCCUGCCCGCUUGCGCCCUUGUUUCUGGCGGACGAUUGUUGUUCUGAGGCAAUUUUGCACUAGAAGGAAUCAGGGCCAUAAACCAUCAUCAUCAAUGGCCGUGGAAUGCAGAUUGCACAGUUUGGGCUCACCAUGCGAGCGUGUAAUUGGAUUAUCGCUCCAAACGAGCCCUCUGAUGAGAGGGCAUCAAACCGGAUUAAGGAACAAACGAAUUCCAUUGAAAUCGCCAAAUGGAUUUCAUAUGGAGCUUUGAUUACUAUGCGCACUCCGAAAUUGAGUGAUUUUUGGACCGUGAUCCUUCCGAUGAAUGCCCAGCUCGUUCGGAAGCCAAGGUUGAAACGUGCACAAUUGUUGAAGGUUUUGGGUUCAGCUAACAAAUCGUGCCCAUUGGAGCGUGUGUUGCCUUCAUCCCUCCAGGAAGGAACUUUUAACUUUUAUGUUGAGGUGAUGGAUAUUGGGUGCUUUGCACGCUUUUCCCUGCACCGGCAGUCAGAUGUUUUCUCAUAUUUAGGUAUUCAGUUUCUUUUUCUCUCUUUUGUGCGGCAACAAUUCCAGAGAGCAUCAAUUAAGACGGCCUGGGUUGUCUAAUGGCUACCGUUUCUGCUUUAUACGCAGAAGGCCUAUCGUUUGAAAUGUGUUCAGUGAAGAUCACUAACGAUUCCUCUGAAUACAUUUUUUACAAGGAGUAGUACUAUUCUCUAUUUUCUUUUUAAGUAACUAUUCCAAAACAUUCGCAAGGGACUUGCAGAGCGAAUCUCAGCUGAAGCUUUGAGGCUUCAAUCGUUUCGAUUCUCGAAUGUUCAAACAGCACCUUCUGAAUAACACAAUCGGAAUUCAUUCAAACAAUCAACAAAAAUAAAAUGUUUAACUGAAAGUUCUUGUAUUGCACCGAAUAGACAGAAAAAAUCCAAAGCAUUCCUUCUUUAACAAAUAAAACAAAAGAAAUUAAAUUAAAAUCCAAACCGAAACGCAAUGAAAUUUAACCGCAUCGCAGCGGCACGAAACGAUACGGCAAACAGGAGAAAAAAAGGAAAUAAACCAUACCCAAAGUGCACAAAAAGUGCCACAUAAAUCUUACCAAUAGCUUCGCCAAAGCAGCAACCCUUCCUCCGCCAAUUCUCAUUCAGAAGAAAAUGAGUGAAAAAUCCCAGCAAAGACGUUGCGACUGUUUGCCAACUGCUCGCUUCAAUAUUGACCCGUGCGCGCUUUGAAGAACGAAAAAAAAAACGAUCCGGUAGCAGCAAUGGCAAGGGAAAAUCGAAUUCCAGGAUGGUGAGAUAUUUCAAACCUCAACCUUGCCUCAGCCGACUGUUAUCGUGGGGGCAGGAGGCUUGGCUUGAUUUCGUAUUCUGUUUAGUUAGGCUAAAGACACCGUAAAAGGGCGAAUUUAAUGUGAUAAACGUGAUUGAUCGAGAGAGCCUAAAAACUAAAUGACGUGUAACCGAUGAGGAUGCGAGCGGAAAAUUUAUGCUGAUCCUCGGCGGGGUUUGAUGUAAAUAGUCUUUAUAAGUCAUAAGCAGCGGAACACGAAUGGCAGCAACUGCAUGAAAGAAUGGAAAAUCACAGUUGAGCAGUGGAAAUUAUUUGAUUAUGUAGGUUUUUUUGCAUACUUCAUAGCUAAAAUGUUUCACAUAAGAAUUAUGGGAGAAGGUAUAUGAAUUGUAAAACUUAGCCUGUAUAUUUAGCUAAAAUUAAUCAUAUAGAAACGGUCAUGUGUAUAACAGAAUCGACUUGAUUUUAACUGUUUCGUCGUAUUUUUGUCAAAGAAAAUGAAACAUGAGAGUCAAAUAAGAAAAGAAAACGGAUCGGUAGGACUUCACAUAGAUCGAAAAUCACUCAUUAGCUACCAAUUCGUUGGCGAUUAAGGACCGAUCAUAUUUUCGACUCCCACUAAAUAGACUUUUACUGAACAUAAAACGAAGCGAUGCAAGGCUUAGGACAAAAUUUCAUCCUGAACGGACAUACUUCUAGGAGAAUAAAGAAAAAACUGCUGAAAAACAACCGGAAAAUUACCAUUGCAUAUAUACAAGUGACAAGAGUAUAAAGAUUUACCAGAAAAAUAACCAAAAUUCAACUAAAAGAAUAAAUGUUUUUAAAUAAAAUGAA